AUGACUAAUUAUUUGUUGUUUAUAACUAUUGUUGUUUGUUUUGUGUUUUUCACAACCUCUACGUCACAAGCACAAUCAUUAUCGUCAAGUGAAAUUGCAUCAGUUGAAUGGCUCAUAAAACAAUAUGGAUCAGAUGUUGCAGUGAAUGAAGCAGCCAUCUGUGCAGCAUUUACCUGUAAUAUUAUUAAUGGAAACAGACAUAUUACAUCAAUGUCCCUAAGUGCCAGUUCACCAGUCACAACAACACUGGGACCACCAGAUUCAUCAACUACUUUAGACUUUCCUGAAUUAAAGAUACUCUCUCUUUAUGGUAGUGCUGGUGGAUUCAUUGGUGAUGUCAACCAAAACACCAUUUUAAAAAUGAGAAAUAUGCAUCAAUUAACUUCAUUAUCUAUCUCAUAUGAUAACUCAUUGACAACGGUUCCAGUUGGAUUUCCUUCUACUUUUGAUUUACCUUUAUUGGAAUAUAUUUUAUUUGCUCAAAGCCCAAUCACUACGAUUCCAGGUUUUUUCAAUCAAUCGAAUCUACAGACAAUUAAUUUACAGAGAAUUCCAUAUCUAGAUGAUCUCCAAAUUGACAAUACCAUUUCCCUUCCAGAUCUUGCAAAUCUCGUUCUCGAAACUAAUAUUCCCUCUGCUGUGAAAACUAUUGAUCUUAUAAAAUCCUCUUUUCCAAAACUCCUUUUUUUCAUGUUCACUUUUUCAAAUACUAUUUUAAAUAUCAACCUUGAUAUGAUACCAGGUUCAGUAGUUCGAUGUAAAUCAGGAUCAAAUGCAACCUAUAAUCUCAAUGUAAUCAACACUCAAAAUAUCAUUGAAUUAUUGGUUGGUGGUGCACAGUCUACAGUUGUCCCUUCUCCAACAACUUGGCCAAAUUUAAAAACAUGGGAAGUACAGGAUUCACCAUUAACAAACACAUACCCUUUUUCAGUAUUCCCACAACAAGUAAAGACAUUUUCAAUGACAAUGUCAAAAAUCACCUCCAUUCCUACAACUCCUCUGUCUUUAAAUCUCACUAAAUUAUCAUUUUCACAGUCAACGAUAACAGGUGAUAUACAAUGGCAAUAUUUUAACACCCAACCCAACGGUUUUGAAAUAGACCUCUCUUUUAAUACUGGUAUAACUGGAGUAGUACCAGACUCUAUGUGUCCUUAUAAGCUUAGAAUUACUCAAACAGCUAUCUCUAGCCUUCCAAGUUGUUAUUUUUGUUAUUAUCUAAGCAAUUCAAAUAUGAUUACCUCAACCAUCCCAGUUCCUCAAGACUAUAAUUGUACUAUUUCAUUUGAAAGUUACGACUUGGUUUUCUUAUUUGGAUAUGCAUAUGUGAACGGUACCAACAUUGGGAUUAGGGACUCUGGAUAUCAAUCAUAUCCUCCACCCAAAGGAUAUAUUAAUAUUGAACUCGAUAGUCAGUACCCACUUUACACCUAUAACAUGUCUUCAAUUGAAGUUGGUAUGGAUAUUACUUCAAUAUCUCUAUUAACUCUCCCCCAAGGUAUUGUAACGUUUAGACUGAGACAUGUUGCUUUACAAAUGUCUAUCCCCCAUCAUAUAGUAGCAAAUGGAUCUGCCCCAGUAUUGGCAGUGGUCGACACUAAUUUCCUCUAUAUCAACCUUACCAAUCCACCUGACGGUCUCAUCACCUUUUCAGUAUCAAAUAGCUAUUUUACAGCUCCACCAAUGACCUAUGAUUACCAGCAAGGAUUUCCAAUUAUCAAUACUUUUAUGAUUUACAGUGGUGGUGAUAUGUCACAAGUUGGAACAGAGUAUCUUUUAACAGGUACAUUUGAACCGGGACUUCCAAGUGAAUCAAAAAUUUAUUUCAACGGCGAUUCAACCAUUUGCAACAUGACAAAUGUCUCUUCAAACACUGUUCGAUGCCUACAAACCAAAUAUAUUCAAGGCGGAUCGACAACGAUUACAUUUUCAAAUAAUGGGUUCCUCUCUCGUUCAACAUUCCAAACAGCCCUCACCACUCCAUACAUGACAUGUAUGGAAUCUGCUUGCCAGGCUCAUGGUACUUGUGAAAUUAAUGGAGGGUGUGUAUGCAAGACAGGAUACUAUGGUGUAAACUGUACAAUGGGUUAUCCAAAACUAUCAUCUGGUAGUUAUGUAGAUGAUACCUUGGAAAAGAAAAGAAUCAUUAGUUUGUUUGGUGAUUUUAGUGUUACACCAACAAAUGUAGCCAUUUCUAUUAAUGGUACUUGGACAUGUACACCAGUACUCACUCAACAAUUAACAAUCAACUGUUCCAUAGGUUUGAUCCCAACAACCAUUGGUUUGGUGUCAGUUGGUAUUAGUGUUAAUGGUUCUUCAGCUUUUGCAAAGGAUUUUAUUUUAUUCCGUCACAUUCCAUCCAUCCCAUCAUCUUCAUCCUCUUCUGAACAAUCAUCUGACUCCUCCAACUCUGAUUCAACUGAAGUACCAAUCAAUCAAUGUCCAAAUAAUUGUUUUGGUCAUGGUGAAUGUAUCAAUUCAAAAUGUAAAUGUUUUGAAGGGUAUAAUGUACAAGAUAAUUGUUUAACAAAGAUAAUCAAUAAUAAUACAAUCACACCCAAUACAACAGCACCAACAACAUCAUUUGAUAUUGAUGGAGUCGAUUUCCAAUUUGAAAUUGUUGCCAUUCAAGAAAUUGAUGGUGAAAAUAAUAUUGUUCAAGAAUUAUUGACCGAUAAAUGGAAUGCAACCAUUUACAAUGACACUCAAACAACCACAGUCAACUAUCAAUUAAAUGCAACAAAAAAAACAUUAUCAAUGGUGAGUGCAACAAUAUCAUUCUCAUCACAACCAAGAGAUAUUCCAUUUGGAUUAGAGACAUUACAUAUCAACGCCAACAGUAUCAAAGUAUCGGUGAAUAUUAGUGAUUGGCAAUACCAAUCAUUCUUGACAACACUACGAGUAAUAUUCAAAACCACACUAUCAAAAGAUCAAUCAUUUGAAUUUGAUUGUCAACAACAACAAAUCGACAGUCUUCAAUUCGACCAACUGUCAUCAUCGAUUCAAUAUCUCAGAGUUGUCAAAGAUAAUAUUCAAUUCACUGGUCGAUUCAUUGAUUAUGUAUUGUCAGAUGGUAGACCAUCAUUUUCAAAAACAUAUUUAAUUAAUCAAACACAAUCAACCGAUGAUGAAGAUCAAAUAACAAUAUUAAUUGGAAUCAGUACACCACAAUGUCAAUCAUGUAUUUUAGAUCCUGAUUUCACACCACUAUUAAUCGACAAGAGUGAAGAUUCUGGAUGUGAAAAGAAAUCAAAUGCAUGGAGAAUAGCUGUUGGUGUAUCUGUUGGUGGUGCCGCUCUUAUCGCUGCUGCCUCUGCCGUCUUUAUUCAUCGAUACAAUGUUGCCAAAAAAGCCAGAGCUGUAAAAUCACUCCAAAGAAAGCUACAUGAUUUCAGUGGCUAA